AUGCUGCAUCAGGAAAACAGUGAGGCUUUCGUGAGGCACCACUCUGAGCAGCUUGCAUGUGGCAACAUGAGGGGAGCAGAUAAUGGUCGUCCGAAUUUCCUUCCUGAGAAAUGCCAGAUUGCAGUUUGUCCUGAAGUUUGCCAAAGGGGUGAAAAGGUUGGCCUAUUUGAUGAAGAGCUGGUACAUGGUGUUCAUCUAACCAAUCCUACUGUUCAGUCACCAUUGGUGUCAAGUGGUGUCAAAGAAACACCUAUAGUUGAUCAUAACAAGAGACCUGCAUCCAGUGACCUGCUGGACAUAGUUGAAUGCAAACGGCUAAAGCAGGAAGAUCAAACUAAGGAAGACAACCAUGCAUCUGCUGAGGAGGAUUUUCAUGAGUAUCCCACAUACACGACUUGCGAAAGAAGCUUGCUCUCACCACUAUAUGAGAGUGAGGAAAGUGAAGAUGAGGGUGUAGAUUCACCUCUCCAUUAUUCACAUGCUCACACCUAUGUUGAAGAUGAUCUAUGGCCUGUCAGCUUUCAUCAAUCUGUAGGCCCUUUUCCCUCGAGGAAACCUGUUCCUAUUGGGCCAAAUCAUCAGGCUGAAUUACCUGAGUGCAGGCCAUUUGGUGGAAGAACUGAAGAAGGCGAAAGUUUCAAGUGGAUCAGAAACGUUGUUGUGCCAAUGCCUGGUACUGAUGCAUCGUCUUUGGUGUUGGAACCUGUUCACUGCAAGGCAGGCUGUGAUUGUCUUGAUGAAGGUUCAAUCAAUUGUGUGAAAAAGCAUGUGAGGGAAGCAAGAGAAAAGCUGAAGGGUGCUGUUGGUGCAGACACCUUCAGGGAGUUGGGUUUCUAUGAUAUGGGAGAAGAGGUUGCCUCAAGGUGGACAGAAGAGGAGGAACAUUUGUUCCAGCAAGUGGUCUUGUCAAACCCUGCUUCUCUGAUCAGAAACUUCUGGGAUGAACUCCCUCUUAUCUUCCCUUCCAAGUCCAGCAAAGAACUAGUGAGCUACUACUUCAAUGUUUUCAUGUUGAGGAAGAGGGCUGAGCAGAACAGGUUCGACCCAGUGAACAUCCACAGUGACGAUGACGAAUGGCAGGCAGGUGGUGAUGAUGAGUUUCCAAUCACAGGAAGAACUGAUGAAUACUUGCCAACUGAGUCCCUUACUGAUCAAGAUGAUGUUGCAUGCAAUCCAGUUCCUCUGGAGGGGGAUUUCUAUGAAGAUUCUGAUGAUGAGGAUGUGCUUGACAAUGCCAAUGGAGACAGGCAUAAUGGUGUGCAGAGGGCUGGUAUGUUGUCAGAGGGCCAUCCUGUAAUGUCAUAUAUAAAUCAUAAUCAACAGACGUUCAAGCUAGAUGCAGAUGCACAAGAUGACUCUUGCACAUCAUUUGAGGCUCAUCAGGUUGGUGUUGAAGGUGGGACACAUACUGAUAUUGCUGAUGACAAUCACUACAGGAGUGACGGCUUUGGUGGUGGUGCAGAGCAUGGGUUCUUUGGUGAUCAUUGUGACACAAAAGAGUGGGACUUCGGUUUCAGUACCGGUUGGGAGAAGCAUGAUUUUUUGUCAACAAACAAUGUCAUAGAAGAGGUGUUCGGAAAGGGCUCCAGUGAAGAUGGGAGCAACACUGCUACUGGCCAGGACCUUAUCUGA